AACAAACCCAUCUUCAUCUCCCGCUCUUUUCCUCAACCACUACUCCGUCACUCUUCUGCUCUCUCUUAUUCCUCCUUGAAAAUGACCGAUACCCAGAUCCCUGAUAACUCUAGUUCGUCCUCAAAUCAAUCUCCCACCAAACCCGAAUCGCUUCGUUCCCUCGAAUUUCAAUUGGGUUCUUCUUUCACCGCGGAUCCAAUUAUCCCACCGCCGAAUCAGAUCGUCAUCGUUAUCAGUGGUCCUAGCGGAGUUGGCAAAGACGCAGUGAUCAACAAGCUUCGUGAGGUUCGUGAAGGUCUACAUUUCGUUGUUACCGCCACUAGCCGUCCGAUGCGACCUGGUGAAGUUGAUGGUAAAGACUAUUUCUUUGUCUCGAGAGAUCAAUUUUUAUCAAUGGUGGAGAACGAAGAGCUUCUUGAAUACGCACUUGUUUAUGGUGAAUACAAAGGGAUUCCAAAGAAGCAGAUUCAGGAGUUUAUGGCUAAAGGGGAAGACAUUGUUCUUAGAGUUGAUAUUCAAGGAGCUCAGACGUUAAGGAGGAUACUUGGUAACUCUGCUGUGUUUAUAUUCCUUGUGGCGGAGAGUGAGCUUGCGAUGGUGGAGAGGUUGAUUGAUCGGAAGACGGAGAGUCAAGAGGAGCUGCUUGUUAGAGUUGCUACGGCGAGGGAAGAGGUUAGGCAUCUAAAGAACUUUGAUUACGUUGUGGUGAAUGCCAAAGGGAGGCUUGAUGAUGCGGUUAAUCGAGUGGAAUCUAUUAUCGAUGCGGAGAAAUCUAAAGUUCAUCAAAGGAUUGUCAGGAUUUGAUGUGCAGGAAAAUCUUGUGCAGCUGAUUUGUUUAGGGAGCUUCUUGCAAAAGUUCUUAGGUUUGGCGAUGUCAUUUAGGAACUAUGUUUUGGGAAUUGCGGGUAUACCGAAUGCAAAUGUAUUUGCACUGUUAACGUUUUCACGAUUGUUUCUUGCAGAUUGCUUGCUGUCUCCAGUCACGGUUUCAUCGCGAACCAAGACAAUUUUGGUAUCUGUAUAAGGGAAAUGAAAAUUCAGGUGAUUC